UUGUUAACCAGUGAGAGUAUUAUAAAGUGACCAGAAAAGUCUACUCACCAAACUGUUUAGAUCUGACAGCAAACUUUUUGGUUGCAGUAUUAUGACAAGAGAAGAUCCCUACAGAGAAGAAUUUAGUUAUGACAGGAUGCCAACCCUGGAGCGGGGAAGACAGGAAGCUGUGCAUUAUUCUCCAGAUAUAAAAUCCAAUGACCUUCAGCUAGCAAAAAGAUUCCAUCCCUGUUUCAGUUAUCGAACAUGGAUCUUUUCUUUGUUGAUGGGGAGUUGCCUCCUUGUCACUUCUGGCUUUUCACUUUAUCUGGGAAAUGUUUUCCCUUCUGAAAUGGAUUAUUUACGCUGUGCAGCAGGUUCAUGCAUUCCUUCAGCAAUUGUGAGUUUUGCUAUAGCACGGAACAAGGUAAAUGUGAUUCCAAACUUUCAGAUUUUGUUUGUUUCGACAUUUGCCAUCACAACAACAUGUUUAGUUUGGUUUGGAUGUAAACUUGUCCUGAAUCCAUCAGCAAUAAAUAUAAAUUUCAAUUUGAUUCUGCUAAUUCUACUAGAAAUCUUAAUGGCAACCACAGUAAUCAUUUCUGCAAGAUCUAAUGAAGAAUGUUGUAAAGGAAAGAAGAAUGCCAUAUGUGAUAGUUCCAACAUUUUGAACAAUGUAAUCUUUCCUACUCGAGUCCUGAAAUCCUAUUCAGUUAUUGAAAUAAUUGUUGGAAUCUCUGCAGUAUUUGGUGGUAUAAUUGCUUUGAACAUGGAUGUAUUAGUUUCAGGCCCAUAUCUUUCAGUGACAUUCUUUUGGAUUUUGGUGGCAUGUUUUCCAAGUGCCAUUGCCAGUCAUGUAGCAGCUGAAUAUCCAAGUAAAUGUCUGGUUGAAGUUCUGAUCACAAUAUGCAGCAUCACUUCUCCAUUGUUGUUCACGGCUUCUGGAUAUUUGUCUUUCAGCAUAAUGAAAAUUGUUGCCAUCUUUAAAGAUUAUCCCCCAGCAAUCAAACAAUCUUAUGACAUCCUUCUGUUGCUCCUAAUGCUGCUGCUGCUGAUCCAAGCUUUUCUUACCAUUGGCACUGUCAUACAAUGUGUUGGUUAUAAAAUUAAAAUGAAGUUGCAAGACUCAUCUUGGGGUGCCUCCCAGAUAAAUAAGCAAGACUUCAAAACUGUAGAGGUAUCCAAUAACACACUGAAGGAAUUUGACAAAGACAAAGCCUGGAAAGCCGUUGUGGUACAGAUGGCGCAGUGACCUGAAUGGCCUGGAGGGGGCGCAAGGGGAGGCGGCUUCCCUGAUGUCCCAAUCAUUCUAGAUUUUGUCAUUUUCAUUGGUGUUUGGGCUAUCCCUACCUGUCUAACCCACCGUAUUCAUCCUUGUGCUCACUUGACCCAUGUAAAGCCCGCCUGACCGUGUCCAGGAUAAGAUGAAAUAGCGAGGUUGUAGAGCUAUAGGUUGUUCUAUGGCCCUUUGGUCUUGAGUAAGGCAUACAUGGGGUCGUGCUGUUGUUCUGGAAUAUUAGAGAAUUAAUGCUUCUCAGUUGUCUUGAAAAUAGGGUUAUUAGAACCCGAGAGUUGUCUUACUGGAUCCGACCCAUUGUUAAUUCAACACAGUAUUCUAUUUCAUAGUUACCAUGGAAUACGUUGAGGAAGGUUGUUGUUGUCUUUCUCAAUGGAUUUUGGAAUAUAAGGAUAUGCCCUAAAUAUAGUCAGUUUUCCUUUUCAUUAUGAGUCCAUCAUCCACGAAUUUAUCCAAACCCUUUAAAAACCAGUCCUUUGUAGCACCUCUUCAAAUGAUGACAGUUAGCAACUGUGCUGCAAGCUCUGUAAGG